UCAUUACCCUGCGUCCGCCGCGACGGCUUCCUGGCAGUUCUCAGGGCCGCGUUUCGCGCCAUGGGGACUUGGCAGCGUUUGGUGCAUUUUGGUGGGGCGUCGCUACUGGGUAGUGGCGGGGCCGCUGCCCUGCUUCGAGGAAGCCGGGCUUUGGUUUGUCGGCGCCAGUUAUCUGGCGCUGACAGCGAGACCCUAAAAGAAAGAAGAGCGCAAAUUAUGGCCCGAGGACUUCCAAAGCAGAAACCGAUCGAAGGUGUUAAACAAGUUAUAGUUGUGGCUUCUGGGAAGGGUGGAGUUGGAAAAUCUACUACAGCAGUGAACCUUGCACUUGCAUUAGCUGCAAAUGAUUCAUCAAAGGCCAUUGGUUUGUUAGAUGUGGAUGUGUAUGGCCCUUCAAUUCCAAAGAUGAUGAAUCUGAAAGGAAAUCCAGAGUUAUCACAGAGUAACCUAAUGAGGCCUCUUUUAAAUUAUGGUAUUGCUUGUAUGUCUAUGGGCUUCCUGGUUGAAGAGACUGCACCAGUUGUUUGGAGAGGACUUAUGGUAAUGUCAGCCAUUGAGAAACUGUUGAGACAGGUAGAUUGGGGUCAACUGGACUAUUUAGUUGUUGACAUGCCACCAGGAACCGGAGAUGUGCAGUUAUCAGUCUCACAGAAUAUUCCUAUUUCAGGUGCUGUGAUUGUCUCCACACCCCAGGAUAUUGCACUGAUGGACGCACACAAGGGUGCUGAGAUGUUUCGAAAAGUUCACGUGCCUGUCCUUGGCCUUAUCCAAAACAUGAGUGUUUUCCAGUGUCCAAACUGUAAACACAAAACUCAUAUUUUUGGUGCUGAUGGUGCAAGGAAGCUAGCACAGACCCUUGAUCUUGAUGUUCUGGGCCAAAGCUUACCUGCAGAUCGCUGUGGAAGUGGUGAGAAGAUUGCCCCCCUCUCCAGCGUGAUUCCCCAAGCAUCUGGAAAUUUCCGAAUAAGAGAAAUCAGAAGUCAGCAGUGUGGUGGUAGCACCUGCAGGGAUAGGAAAACUCACAGUUGUUUUCAUUUUUGUCUUAGCAAAUAUGUGUUAUUUUCAGAUUUGAUUUGCUAAGGUAUGACUCACAAAAUUGUUAUGUAUCAAUGUUAACUACUCUAUUUCAAAAUUAAAAAAAAAAUGCAUAUCAGCUGUGCAGAACUGCAGUCUCUUGUUGAACUACCUCUUGGGGAAACCUGAGUUCUUGUGAAAGCCCACCCUGGGAGAGAACUGUGCUUGUUUUGAGGACCACAGAGUUGGUCAUUGAGAACGUUUGUUGAAUGUGUGUGUGGAUGUAGACAGUCGUGUUUGAAUCGUGUCUCUGUCUUGCUGUGUUCUUAAUAUCCUUGAGCCUCUGCUUCUUCAUCUGGACCAGACUCUACCCCAGACUUAGUGAUUCUGAAUCCUCAGAGGUAGGGCCUGGACGUGUGUAUUUUUAACAAGAUCAUGACAGUUUUGAUGAUGUUUCUGAUUGUGAUGGAAAGAAUAUAAUGACAAUAAUAAUGGGCACUCUGGGGAGAACUGUUCCUUCACCAUGGAUUCUGAGUGGUUAAUUGGACUUACAGUUCAGAUUGAAGCCAAGCAGCCAUUUGUUGACUGGGGUUUCCCCCUGUACUCUUAACGGCACUGUGUUCCUGGAAAUACCACUUUGCUGCCUGUGCCCCGUCAUAAUUCUGUUUCAACUGCCAAGAUAAAUCAGCUUCAGAAUGUCCCAUUUUGCCACCUGAACCUGGCCAGUGAACUGUGGCUUGUGGUCACUUUUAAAGGCAGCCAGUCAGAACUAGCAUUUUCUCACAAGCCAGCAGCCCUCAUUUGCUUACAGACCAGGGCAGGACCUUUUGCUCAGUGAAACAGCCCUCCCCUUGGUUCCUCUGGAGUGCACCUUCCUUUCAUACCUGAAGGCUGUGUCUCACCCAGUUUGCAGACUACUUCCUGAACUAAAGCCUUCCCUUGUACCCUAAAUUGUUUUCUAAUGAAUUUUUGUGUGCAACAGCUGACAUCUAUCCAGGGUUUUCUCCAUGACCUUGUAAUCUUCCGAUUUUUCCAGUGGGGUACUGUUGUUAUCUCUGUUGUACAGAUAAGGAAAGUGGCUUGCAAGAAUGUUCAGUGUCUUGCUGAGGGUUAUCAUUUCUUCCUGCUCUCUCUCUCUCU